GUGGGUAAUAAGUGGGUGUUGAUUGCAAGUUGGUGAGAUAUUUUUUUAAUUGAAACUUUCUAUAUAAGGUUGAUGCAUAUGAAGUUGUCGACGCAUUUCAAGGUACAUAUGUAUCCAAUUUUGUUUUUCCAUUUCAAUUUUUUUGUCAUUUCAUUUUUUAAAGUUAUUAAAUAUAAAUAAUUAUGUUUACACUAUAUUUAAUCUAAUUUGCAUUGAUGAAGCAGAAAACUUUAUUUUAGAGUUUAUAAAAUAAAUGUAAUAUAGAUAAUAUAAACUAAUAUAUAUGUUUAGACUUAAUUUUUUAAGUUAGAAAUAUAAGAAAAAAAAUUAGUUGUGAAGAAUAUAUAAUGUAAAAAAUGUUAAUUUUCUACUUAUAAAUUAUAUCUUUGAAAAAUUAACAAAUCAUAGAUUUUAUGUGUUAAGAAAAUUAUAUAUGUUUAUAAGUCAGUUUAUCGAAUGUCUUUAAUUUUUUUAAUAAAAUUAAUUAUUGUUAAAAAUAUGAUAGUGUUCACAUAAUAAAUAAUUUUUAUCAUAGAAAAUGUUUGAUAAAUAAACAUUUAGGAAUAUGUAGGUUUAAAGAGAGACAAAAGUAAUUUUAAUACUAAGAUAAUUAGGAAAAAAAUAUUGUGUAAUUCUGAUUUAAAUUUUUAAUUUAGUAUUAUUAAUAUUAUGAUAAUAAUGCAUAAUGGCGUCUAAUCGUCGAGGGAAAGCAAGUGCUUCGGGACAAAGAGGUCGGAAUGCUUCUAAUGAAACUAGAACUAGAGUAAGUUUGGAAGUUAAAUAUUUUACUUAAUGAUAUAGAUGCAAAAGAUAUAAUUAAUUGAUAUAUAUAUAUAUAUAUAUAUAUAUUAUAAUUUGUAGACUACAGAGAGAUUCAAAUGGACGUACGAACAAAAUAAAAAAUUGAUUGAAUUGUUUGAUGAGGCAUUUUCCAUGUCAAAUUAUAGUCUCAAAUAUCCUAUGGCUCAUGGCAGAGUAUAUGGUUGAAAAAUUCAACCUAGCAUUUAACAUGAAUAUAACUUACAGAUUUUUCAAAAAUAAGCUUGAUGAGUUCAAAAAAUCAUACAAGAUGUGGAAGUUUCUGAUGAAAUCCACCGGCAUUUCGGUGGAUCCUGAAACAUCUAUGAUUUACACAUCUCCGGAGUGGUGGGAUAACCAUGAGGCGGUAACUAAUAAAUAUUAAAUUUAUAUUAUCAACUAUUAAGACACAUAUAACUAAACUGAAAUUAUAUAUAUAUAUAUAUAUAUAUAUAUAUAUAUAUAUAUAUAUAUAUAUAUAUAUAUAUAUAUAUGUUAUAGGGAUGUAGAAUAACAAAAUCAUUCAACCGAGAGACGCCAAAAUUUUGGGAUGUAAUGGUAUGUUGUUUUGCAUUACAUGAUGUAUAUUCGCAACCACAAUAUUGUGCGCGACAAAGACAAAAAGAGAUAAUGAAUGAGGGACAAGCUGAUGAUUCCACACAUGGAAACUCAGAUUUCGAAGGGGGUGACAUGCCAGACACUAAAGUUCCAGAUACUGAAGAAAAUGAAGAAGUAUAUGGCGUCAAGAUAUGAAUGAGAGGUAUAUGGCAGAGAUCAAGUCACAAGAUCCUGAAAAUUCAACUGUGGGACAUUAGAUGAGUGUGGUCCCACAUUGGAAAUUUAGACAAAGAGUGUCUGAUAUACAAAAAGAUGUCAAACUUAAUACGAUUUCAGGCUCCACAAAUACGAGAGGAUUUGGUUUACUUGGCUGAAAAAGUGCAAAUCCAGGAACAAGAAGUGAAGCUGCUCUUGCAAUGGGUGAAAUUUAUGGGCCUGGAAGCUUUGAGAUUUUUAAUUGGAAUGAUUAUUUGGUACGACCUUUUGUUUGUUGUUAACAAAGGAAGCUAGCAGGAUCCUACAGUCAAAAGAUAUGGAUAUUGAUAUUGCUAUUGGUCAAGUGAAAUGUCAUAUUUCUUUUUUAGAGACUGUAGAGAAAUAGGCUUCCAUGCAGAAAAUGUAGAAGCUGAACAGAUUGCUAUUCUAUGAAAAUUGAUCAUGUAUUUUCUGUGAAACCAAAACGGUUCAUUAAAAAGAACCAAUCGAUAUGAUCGUCAAACCAAUUUCUUACCAAAACGGUUUGGUUUCUUUCGAAAAAAGGUUUGAUCAGCUCUAAAGUUAUGAAUUUUUUUUUUUGGGAUUUUUGUUUGAUCCGAAGAAGCCACAGUUAACAAAUGAUGAUGAAUUUAUGGUUUAUUGUGUCAACCUUGAAGUUUUUAUCAAGCAUGGUGAUCGUUCUGAUAUUAAUGGUGAUGAAUUGUGUAUGGAGUUGAAGCUCUUCAGAGUGAGUUUACCAACAAGUAUUCAUAAGGCUGCUGAGGUAUUGUAUUUUCUUAAGAAGGCGGAUACAUGUUAUCAAAAUACAUGAACUAUAUAUCGCAUAAUGAUGACAAUUUAUGUUUCAGUUGCAUCGGUAGAAAGAAUCUUUUCGAAGUUAUAACUCAGAAAAUCUUAACUAUGGUCGGGUAUGUUACAAGAGAUAUUAAAUGGUUUGACGAUCAUAUCGAUUGAAACGAGGAUGGCCAAAAAAUUGGACUACACAAGUUUGAUGAAUGAGUUCUCGCUAAUAAGACUGCAAAAAAAUUAUUUUUGAAGAAUAGUGUAUUUUCAUCUAUUAAUUACUUUGAAUAUUUAUGUUUUUGUUUGAUAUUGAAUUUUUUGAAUAUUUAUGUUUUUGUUUGAUAUUGAAUUUUUAUAUAUGUUCAAGUUUUUUCUAUACGAAAGGCAUCGCAUUUUUUCUUUACUUCUAGUCUUCCAAAACGCAAGAUUGGGAAUAUCUAUAUUGGUGUGAUAAAUAAUUUAAUCUUUGAAAUAAACAAAUAUGAAAGAAAAAAAAAGAAAUUGAAGCUUGGUUCGCUUUCUCAAAUCAGAAACUUCAAGGAUCUUUUCAGAAAACCUAUGCCAUUUAAUGAUUGGUUCAGCUUUUCAAAUAAUAUUUGGGUAUCUACCUCAUAAAAAUUCUCUGUUACUUUUUUGGCAUCACUUCUGUUGAAAUCAUGUUAUAUCAUUCACAUAUUGAAUUAAACUAUACAAUUUCCUCUCUUUCGAUUGUUAUUUUAGAUUGAUUCUCAGAGCUCAAACAAUAUUAUCUUCACCUGUCAAUAUUUUCGUCAAAACUAUAUCUCACAGAAAGAUGUAUAUUCAUAAAUGAUAGCAUAAACUGGUUGUAUCUAGUAGUAUUGUCUUGUAGAAGAGGAUUGUUUUUAGUGGCAUAAAAUUUAAAUAACACUUGACAUAAAUGUUAAUUCUAAAUUAUACUUUCUUUUUAAUAAAAUAGACUAGAAUUUCAAUGCCAUAAAAUGUAAAUAACACAUGAUAUAAAGGUUAUUUCUAAAUUGUAUUUCUUUUUAAUAAAAUAGACUAGAAUUUCAACUUAGCAUUAAUCAUGUAUGUUUUCUGUCUCUUUUAACAAAUGGUUUAUUGACUACACUGGAAUAAAACUUUGUAGAUAUUUUAUCUAUUACAACAGAAAUAUAAUUUUUUAUAGUGUGUGAUUUUUUAAUUAAAACCGUACACUAGAAUUUUUAUUUAAGGUAUUUUUGUAUUAAACUAUUAUUACUCAAUUCUGUAAUAAAUUAUUGUGACCCGCUAAAAUAUAAUACAUGUUUUGAUUUACCAUAAUUAACACAUCAUUUAAAAUAGCAAAUUAUAUUUAGCUAUAUCAAAUCGGAAUAUAAUUGGUCAUGCAUAUACGACAAAAAAUUUAUUGUAUUGACCAAAUUCUAAUAUUUUCCUCCAAAAGUAAUUUAAGUACAUCCAGAAAUUUCACAAGAUUAAUGAUAAUUAUUAUUUCAACAAUUAUGUUGUAUGAGUAGAUUUCUCCUUGAAAUAGUAUCGUGCAUAUAAUAAAGACCGUAGAAACACUAGCAUCUAAUCUGUAUUCGUUAUUCCAACAUAAAAAUUUUGAAUUGCAUCCAUGAUCCAUUCUAAUCAUGCCACUUGUUACUACAGAACAUAAAAUUGAAUAUGUUGUGUCGUUUGUAGAACAAAUUUUGUUUUGUAUUAUUUGUAUACAACUAUUUCAUGGAAUAAUAAUCAUACUGUUAUUCUGAAUUAUGGAACUAAGUAAUAUACGUCAAUGUAUAAAAUCAUUUCUCAAAAUUGUAAACCGACCUGAAUUGUGUUAUACAAUUAUUUUAUUUUUUAAACCAAUUAGAUUCAAAAUGUAUAUCCAGAAAAUUUAUCAUAAUAUAUAUCUCACACUAAAUAUAAACAACAAAAUCAAUAAUUUAGUUUUUUGACAAAAAAAAAUACUAAAAAGGUAAUGACUAUUAUCAAAAAUUAAGACAAAAAAAAAAAACAUGGCAUGAGUGCGCCGAUCAAAGUUUAAUUAUUUUUAUCUUAUAGAAUAAUAUUCACAAUAAAAUCAUACAAAAUUAGCAUAAUUUAAUUUCAAAUGUCCAAUGCAACUAUAUAUUUACUCUCUAUAAAUUAUGCAGUCAAAAUUAAUAUCAGUUAUAUAUACAUGAAUAUUUAAUAUAAAUUAUACUUACAUUUCUGAUUAUGAACCAAAGGUUCUAGUGUUUACUCGUCGAUAGAAGUUUGUGAACAUUCUCUCUAAUUUGUUAAAUAAUGAAUAUGAGACAGUUUAAUAUAUUCAAAAUAGAUACAAUGUAAUUUUUUUUCUACACAAGAAAAAACAUAUUAAAUGGUUAAUAAUCAACAUAUUGUGUUGUAAAUUUUGUUUCAUAUACAUUAUACUGCAUUACCCGAAUGUAGAAAUUAAAUACAUUUCCUUUUUAAAACACCAAAUUCAUUUCGACCUCUAAUUGUGUAUAAUCUCAAAGUCCAUUCCUUGAAAAAUACUUAAUGGUAAUUUAAUAUCUAAAUAUAAAUCUCAUUAAUUUUUGUUAAUCAAGUGAUAUAUGGGCUGAGAUCUAAUUAAUCUUCCAAUGAAAUUAUUUGGCCCAUGAAAAGUCUAUUAGUUGUGGACGGUCGGAGCAUUAUAAAAAUAAUAUAAAAUUAUUAGGGCAAACCCUUCACUUUAAUAAGAUAUAAGACAUUGUUUUAUCUUUUUCUAAUCAUAUAGCCGCACAACUUUUCUUUGAGACUUGUGGAAAUGGAGAAGGAGAUUGUUUUGAAGCAAAAUGUGGUCCCAUUAUUCAAUUGCCUUAUCUGCAAAAAUUUAUUUGAUCAUCCCACAAACAUCACCGAGUGUAACCACAUAUUUUGCAGGAGAUGCAUAGAGGACAAGUUCACAGUAGAGAAUCUGAAAGCUUGUCCAGUCUGCAAUGUUGAUCUUGGUGUUGAUCCUCUUGAUAAACUCAAGCUGGAUAACACUUGGGAUGACUUGAAGAAAAUAUUCUUCAAACCGAAUUCAGGAACCUCUUUGAAAUACUCCAGAAAGAAGAAAAAAUAUCUAACUUCACACAUAGCAACUUCGUCUGGAGGAUCAACUCCACCUGAGCCAUUGGAACCAAAGAAGCUUGGCAAGCAAAACAAUGUUUUGGCUGGAGCAUCAACAUCUAAAGGAUGCAUACAAAUGGAAACCAACUCUAGGAAAGAUAAGAAAGAGAUUCCAGUAUCAUCGGAUGAUCUUGAGAAACAGAACACUGUCCUUACCGAGAGAAUCCCUGGUGAGAAACCGAAGAACAAAGGUAAAGAAAAGCAAGAAAGUUUCUCUACCCCGAGGACGGUCUCUGGUCAGAAAGGGAAAGGAAAAGCUUCUUCUUCUCCUCCGGUUUUGAAACCCCGAAUGCAUGUGGAUACGAGUUCAUCACAAGCUGCCAUGUCUGUGGAAGCAGAGAAGAACAAAGUUUGGCUUUCACUAAUCGCUGCCCGGAAUCAGAACACUUAUAAUAGGCCUCUACUGCCACAAAUCUGCAGUCAAUACAUACGAACUGAUGGAAACUUACCGGUCUCAUAUCUCAAGAAGUAUGUAGCGAAGAAGCUCGGUCUGCAAAGCGAGAACGAAGUGGAGAUAUGGCUAAGGGAAGAGACCGUGCGUUCUACACAGAAGCUGCAUGAGUUGGUGGAUUGGUGGGUUCAGACUACUCCAGUUGCUGAGCGAAAAAGCGGGAUGGUUGGAAGAUCAGCUGCUGGAUUCCUCAUGAAUCUCCACUACAGUGGUUCUUACUUUACCUCUUUGAAUAAUUCUGCUGGCCAUCUGUCAUCAUCAAACCAUUAAUCUUCUUUGAAUAAACCCUUUCUUGCGUAAUAGAAGGGUUUAAAAAGAAAAGAAAAAUGGUGAGUAGUUAGAGAACUGUAAGAGUGAGUCCAUCGACUUGGACGUUUUGGGAAUACUUAAUGGGCCGUUAUCGUUUUAUCUCUUUAUACAUCUAUUUUAUUAAAACAUAAUCAUGACAUAUUAAUAAAUGUUAUAACCAACUAUUUAUUUUCUUUCUUUUUUGACAUCAAACGGUCAUUCCAUUACUCAAACUUGAAGUGGUCUGGAUAACCAUACCGGAAUAGAACCAAUGAAAAGUAACUCCAUAUGGAAGGAUCUAACAGUCUUAGCUAAAAAAUCUGAAAUUUGAUUACGCGCUCGUGGAACAUGUAUGAUGCUGAAAUCUGGGAAGCAUAUCCGUAGCGUCUCUAUCUUCUCCAAUUCUGUCGCAAAGCUUGGCCAAGCAUGAGGUUCCUCUAACAUUGCAAUCAUCUCCUUACAGUCCGUCCCAAAGCUCUGGCAUGUUGAGCGCUGGAGCAUUUUCUCCAUUGCCCACUGCAGUGAUUCUACUUCCGAAUGCAAGGCUGAUUCACGUCUAGUAAGAUUUCUUAUCUCCAUGAGCUGAGUAUUCCUCCUACUGUCCAUCCAAACCCAUCCACCUCCACUAAAAUUGGCAGAUGCUGUCCAAGAUCCAUCUAACAAUCAUAAAUGAACAUACAUAUUAAUUUUAAGCAAAUAAUAUAAUCAUAACCCACUAACCCUAUAUAUAUAUAUAUAUAUAUAUAUAUAUAUUUUGUAAACUAACCCACUAACCCUUUAUUAAAGGUCUAAAUAAUAAAAGUCAUUAGAACAGGUUUUUGAUUAAUAUUUUUAGUUCUAAAAUUACAAUCUGAAAUAUAAAAUACAAAAACUAAAUAAAUUUGGAUAUAUAAAAAAAUAUAUUAACAAAUUCUUUUACUGUAUUAAACAAAUAUAUAAUACAUCAAGUAUGCCUAAUACAUCAAAUACUAAUCUUAAGAUUUUUUUUUCAAUAUAUUUGUUUCAUUUACGUUACUCCAAAUAAUAUGUAAUCAAUAUAUUUAGUAUUUUAAUAAAUAUUAGAAACAAUAAUUCCAAAAAGAGGAAUAUUUCUAUACAUAGAAAACUUCUAAAAUAUAUACUUUUGUGUAUAAUAAAAAUCAUAUACGCAUCAAAAGGUAGGAUUUUAAAAAAAAAAUUAACCAAUGCAUAAAAAUAUUCAUAUUUUUUUAUUUAACCAAAAAAAAAACUGUUUGUUUUCAAGGCAUAGUUCAAAAACUUAAUAACUAACCACCCAAUUACUAACUAUCACCUUUAAUAAACCGGAAUUCAUAUAAAUAUCAGUUUCAAUAUUGUAAUUUAAUACCUAACAAAAACUAUUUAUAAAUAUAUUUUCAAUAAAAAUUAUCUUAUAUUAGUUUUGGCCGAAGUUUAUACUAAUAAGAAGAGAAAAUAAAAAAGAACUUUCUUAUUUAAAUUUUAUAACUUUGACAUAAAAUUAAAAUCAAGUGACAUGACUUAAAUAAAUAUAUUAUCCUACUUUGAUACAAAUAUAGUAAUACAAAUUGUUUGACCAUUCUUAAAUAUUUCAGAUUUAUUUAAAAGAACAUAGGUUAUUUUGUAAAAAAAUAUAUCAUAUUAAAUUUAUAGUAACUGUACAGGUGAAAAAUAACAGAUCAAAAACUAAACAUUAUGAAUAUUGAAAAUUAUAUUUAAUAGGAUUAAACUUUGGUUAUAUUUGAUAACAUAAAAUAUAUUAUCUCCUUCUAUUUAUAGAUAUAAAAUCAAAAACUAAAAUUUAAAAAAUAGAAAUAAAACUGAAAAUAAAAAUUCUAUAUAUAUUAAAUUAAAAUAAUAUUAUGUUUUAUGCGGGUCAAAAUUCUUGCCUAAAAUCUUAAUCCAUCUAUUAUACCAACUAAAAUAGUUCAUAUAAACAUUAAUUAUAUAUAUAAUUAAAAAGUUAGAUAAAUAAAAAGGUUAUCGUUAAAACAUUAAUUCCGCACUUUCAAUGUAACAUAGUUUUUGUUUACAAUAGAUCAAAUUUUACAAAAUACAUAUUAUUUUGCUAAAUAGGAUUACAAAGAAAAAUACAAAUAUAAUUACAAAGAAAAACAUAAAUAUGAUUACAAAGAAAACAUAAAUAUGAAUUUUAUUAAAAAAAAAAGAAAACAUAAAUAUGAAAAUUAAAUUUCAAAAAAGAAUAUAAAACAAAAAUAUACAU